UUGAACAGUUAAGGACCUGAAUGGGUUUGGAUAUUGUGUACUUAUAAGUGAGGUGGCUUGUACAAGAUUUGCUGGAUACUCUGUGCUAUGGAUUUCGAAAGUGUUGAAAAUUCAUCUGUUAGCACGACAAGUUUUCCUUUCACUUCAAUACAACGCGACAAGUCCGAUGUAAUGUCCGAUUCUUCAAAGAAUUUCUCAAUGGAAGUUUUCAAUUUCAACAUCAGUCAAGCUGUUCUCAUACUGGAAGAACAUUUAAGCGAUCACGUAUUUGAAGGUUCCAGAAAAACAGCCCUCUUUAGUGGAUAUAUCAUCCUCAUAUUAGCUGGAGUAUGCACAAACCUUCUAGUCUCUCUGGUCAUUAUCGGAAAUUCGCGCUUGCGAGUGGCUCGCAAUUUACUUAUAGUAAACUUGAGCUUCUCGGAUCUUAUGCUGUGCUUAUUUUGCAUGCCAUUUACACUGGUAGAACUGUUGAAUCGUACUUGGAACCUCGGGUCUUUCUUGUGCAGAGGAGUGCCUUUUGUUCAAGGCAUUACUAUCUUUGUCUCCUCUGCUACUGUUUCAGCUAUUGCUAUAGACCGCCAACACGUAAUUGUAAAUUUCAGUGGUGAUAGAAAAAAGAUAGACAAGGGUAGAAGCAACAUGCUGCUGUAUACAUCGAUCCUGUGGUGCUUCUCGGUGCUUCUGUCACUUCCUAUUAUCUUCUCGAAAACUGUAACAACCGUCUCUUUGGCUGGUAUGGUGCUGUACGAGAAAUGCAUUGAACAAUGGCCAUCCAGUCACGCCAAGGCAAUGUACACCAUCCUCAUUCUUGUAGCCCAGUUCUUCAUUCCCAGCAUUGUACUGACUGUGACUCAUCUCAGAAUUAAAACUUAUUUGAACAGGAGUGUUCGAAAACAUGAUGCCAGAAGCUCACCCAGGACAUCAGAGCGUUUAAAGAAAGAACUCAAAAGAAACAACAGAGCGACCGUGGUUCUUUCUUUCAUAUCAGUUGUCUUCGCCUGUAGCUGGCUUCCGUGGAAUGCUUUCAAUCUCAUGGCAGAUUUUGAUUUGCUAUCAAACAUGCCAGCAAAUCAUUUCUAUUCGGCUUUUGCUAUCUGCCACCUCGUAGCCAUGUCAUCUAGUGUCACAAAUCCGAUAUUGUAUGGUUGGUUUAACAGCAAUGUUAGGAGAGAAUUGCGCCGAAUUAGAAUUGUCGCCACUCGUCACGUGUUUGGACCCAAGCCAAUGAAAAGCGAGCGUUCUAAUGGUACCAUGCUUUGUGAAAAUACUUACAUACGUUCUUCUGGAAGAAGAGAUAUACAAGAAAGUCACCUGUAGAUAAUUAAUUGUAAAUGAUGAAAUAACUUAGUAUACAACCACGGAAGGAGAAUUUAAAAGAACAUCUUAGCUCUCUGCCAGUUCAUGGAACCAACUGCUCUUUGCGCAUUUUCGGACAUUUUAUAAAACUUAGUUUUAUUCACAUACAUAAAAAGCUUCACAUCAAUAAACUUUCUAUCGAGCACCAACACCAAAACAAUGUAAAUCCUUAAAGGAGUAUUCGUAUUCUUUCAAAUAUUCCUAACGCUGUACAUUUGCAUUUAUAAAAACAUAUUUAUAUGAACUUCUGAAAUAAUCCAUAAAACAUUAUUCUUUCAAAAUAACUUGUUUUACAUUUAUUCAGACAAUGUUCAGUGUUAGUUCGCAAUAUAACUCUAGUUACUCUAACUGCGAUAAGUGUAUAUUGUCGGUAAUUCUAUUUUUCGAAUAAAA